AUGGAGACUAUCACUGGGGUUCUGGGCAUCUCGAAUGAGACGUAUGAGAGGUAUGAGGUUGGGAUUCAAGUUGACGAUUCAUCACAUGAAGAACUCGACGAUCACGAGAAGGAUAUCGAAUCUAGAGAACAAGAAUGCGCGCAGCGCGAACUUGAAGCACGGGAUCGGGAAAAGGGGGUCAAGGAGCGCGAGAGGGGGGCGCCGAAAUCGUCAAGAUUCAGACAAACGAUCUCAACGCACGGCGUGCAAGUCUUCUUCCUCAAGCUCCUCUCAGACCUCGAAACAAAUUCAAGUGAAAUGGGGCGCAGUCGUGUUCAACGACGGUUGAGCGAAAUUCAGAAACAAUUGGGGAGCGUGAUGAUCGCGGGUGUGGAAACGGACAUGGAGAGGAAGCGCGAGUACCGCGGUGGUGGGGGGAAGAGGAAGAGGAGGGCGUUGGCGGAGGGGGAGGCGGAGGGGGAGGAGUGGAGGGGGAGCGGGAAAAAGGCUAGAGGGGGUCAGUCGAGCUCGAGCUCGUUGAACCUGCCGUUUGAAAAAGUUGUUGUAACUGAAGUGGUGUGA